AUGUCGACGCGACGAGCUGCCUUAUCCCUCUACCGCCGCUCAUUGAAGCUGGCGCUAGAUUGGGCCGUCCAUCGACACCUGUGGCGUGGCCAGGCUAUGUAUAUUCGCUCACUAUUCGAAGCCAACCGCAAUGUCACCGAUCCCCGGCAUCAAAGGGCUCUAUUGACCGAGACCGAGAAGCUGCUAGAGAGCUGGAAGCACCCCGACCCUUAUACUCCCCCGACAGCCCCCGGAGGUUCCAAGUACGAGCGAAACCUCCCGUCGCCUGUUCUCGACCCUCCCCCACACUCUGUCAACCGACACUAA